UCAACACUAUAUAUUUACAGUGUAUAUGAAGACAGAAAUGUGCUACGUUCUUUGUGUAGGAUAUUUUUGCUGAGGUGCAAGGGCAUUGGGAACACAUAUUUGGAACAAGACACUUGUUCUUUUUUGUCAGUAUUUAAAAUGCGGCCUCUGAUUUUAGGUGUUUGGUUCCAGAUAACUGCUAGAACCUAGUUGCCAAAGGAGUUGAAUUUUUACACAGCAGAGGACAUGCAAGAAUUCUGCCUGCUUACACUGGCGGGUCAAAUGAGCGAUCUUGUGGAAGAAAACUGCAAAGAAAGCCAUUCUUCCCAGGAAACACCUGCAGAAGAAAAUGUCUCUUCUGCUAAGACCUGCUCAAUAGGACACAAAAAACUGAUGAAGUUGAAGAACAAAACAUAUAAAUCUACCUCUCACAAGACAACUUGUAAACUCCAUACCACUGUACCAGAGCCAUGUAUUCAGAGUCAUGGUUGUUCCAUCUCCUGUCAGGAUGCACAGUUGCAAAAACUUGAGAAACAAUUAAAAUGCUUAGCCUUUCAAAAUCCAGGACCUCAGCUAGCUGACUUCAAUCCUGAAACUAGGCAGCAGAAAAAGAAAGCAUGCAUGUCACAGAUGAAGCAAAAUAUUUUUUAUGAGUCCAAAUUUACAAAGAAGUAUGACAAACAUGGCAAGCUGCUUUGUAACGACAUUGACUUGUGUGAUUGCUUGGAAAUGGACUGCCUGGGUUGCUUCUAUCCUUGCCCCAAAUGUAAUUCAAACAAAUGUGGACCAGAAUGUCGCUGUAAUAGAAAAUGGGUUUAUGAUACAAUUGAGACUGAAGCUGGGAAUGUGAUAAGUGUGCUGCCAUUUUUUGUCCCUGACUGAUUACGUUCUGUUAGUUUUUAUGUCUGAGCAAUGUUUUUUUUUUUUUUGUCACGUUUUAUUAAAGUAAAUUUUGGUUUUAUGAA